CCAUUGCCAUUCUUUGAUUACAACAGCUAUCAAAUGAUGCGACAGUGAAAUAGAGAUUAAAAUAGUAAGAAGCUUCCUUCCUUGGGUUUUCUUCAAUCAAUCUCCAGAAUCCAACCAACAGAAGUACCAACCUUGAUGAACCUUCUUACCUACAAAAAGAAACCCCAAGUCCUCCAUCCAAAGCCUCAACCUUUUUAAUUAAAAACAAACAAACAAAUAAAGCCUGAACCUUCAGCUCUUUUCAUCCGAAAUUGCAAUCAUCUAGGAAGGAGGAAAUGAGCGCUAAGAAAGUGUUAGUAGUCGGCGGCACCGGCUAUUUGGGGCAACAUCUCUUGCAAGGCUUUUCAGAGAUCCAAGCAACUACCCCGUUUGCGUUGGCAUUCACCUACAACUCCUUUCCUCCUCAGCCUCUGCUCCUUGCCUUUCCCACCUCUUUCGCUUUCCACGUUGAUUUGAAAACUGGACUGGGUUUCGAUUCCAUUUCUCAACAAUUUGGCCAGCCUGAUGUGGUUGUUAACUGCGCUGCCCUGUCGGUGCCUCGUGCUUGCGAGAAUGACCCUGAUGCCGCUAUAACUAUCAAUGUGCCUAGUUCUCUUGUAAAUUGGUUGUCAAGCUUUGCCCAAAGUGACAAUACUCUUGUUAUUCAUAUCUCGACAGAUCAAGUGUAUGAAGGAGUGAAAUCUUUUUACAAGGAGGAAGAUGAAGCUCUUCCCGUUAAUGUUUAUGGAAAAUCGAAAGUAGCAGCUGAGCAGUUCAUCUCUGAGAAAUGGUCAAAUUUUGCUAUUCUAAGAAGUAGUAUUAUAUUUGGGCCUCAAACUGUCUCACCUGUUCCUAAAUCUCUUCCUAUUCAGUGGAUUGAUGGUGUCCUUUCUAAAGGAGAUAAAGUGGAGUUCUUUUAUGAUGAGUACCGUUGUCCAGUAUAUGUCAAGGAUGUUGUGGCUAUCAUCCGGACUUUGAUUGACAAAUGGCUAUCAGAGGGUAAGAAAAUGCAGUUGCUACUGAAUGUUGGUGGACCAGACAGGGUUUCCCGUGUUCAAAUGGCUGAAGCUGUGGCACAAAUUAGAGGAUAUGACUCCUCAUUAAUUAAACCAGUGUCUGCAUCAUCUGUUGACCAUGGUGUUAAGUCCCCAGCUGAUAUAUCUAUGGAUAUCACCAAGCUGGUUCAGAAGCUAAAUAUUUGCCCUACUCCAUUUAAAGAUGGUGUUAAACUGACACUUGCAGCUGAAGCAAGUAUGUGAGUUUAGUAAGAUCGAUAGUUGCCCUUUUUCUUGAACUACUCGGCAUCUAAAAGUAGUAUAAAAUUGCGUCAUGCUGGUAUUUGUUGUUGAUAAUUAAAGAACACGAGUAUAGCUGUCUUGAGGAACGAGUUUAAGCAAAAAACUUGUACCCAGAAUGCCAUACCGGUGGUAAGAUAAGGUGGCUGUUGCACCUCAAUUCAUCCUCUCUCUAUUUCUCUCUGUUCUAAAGCCAAAGAGCUCUUCAUUUGUUCAGAUACCUUCAAAGCUGUAAUAAGAAUUGAGAAUGCUUACAGUGUUACAUUUCUAACUAUAGAUAUUUGUAUUUGGAAUUCAUAGUUUAGCCGGUUGGUUCAUUUGAGAGGUGGCAUCUAACAUGUUUAGCCAAUUGGUUCGUGCCACCAUUACCAAGCAAGAGGGACAUCUAGCAGAGAUCUAAAGUCGAAUAUACAAUCUUUCUUCUAUCUGUAGAUUACAACCUCCUUUGUACCCAAAAAUAGAUGUUUGUAUUCCUUGGUUAAUAGAUGUUUCAUUGGAAUAGAGAUAGAUACUCUUUCUUGUUUGA